GUCAUCUUCUCUACACAAAAUGCUGCUUGGUACUUUUCUGCUGUUAUUUUCCUCUGCGAGCACAGUUAAAUCCUAUUUCACAAACUGGCCUCCAUAUAGCACCUUGGACACUUCUACAGAGACAGACAAUUUACCUCAUUUGCAGCUGGUGGCCACACCGGACUACCCAGGUGUAGCAGGACAAACAGUCGAACUGUACUGCAAUACUACCAUAGCGCCCCACUUCCGCUUUUCCUGGCAGCGGCUAGAAAGUCAGACCUGGCGAGAGGUGGCUCAGGGUUUGCGCCUGACACUCAACGAACCAAAGCAAAGCGGGCUGUACCGCUGCAGAGCUGAGAACCAGUAUUACCAAAAAGAGAGCAAUGUUAUCACAGUCUACAUCAUCGCCACGCAGCCAACAGUGGCUGAGAAAUUAGGAAUCAUAGGCUUCGUCCUUUCUCUCCUGGCCUUGAUCGCCACUCUGACUAUUCUGUGUUGGCUGUCCUGGCAAAGAUUUGGUGGCACACUUACUCCCUUGAACACUGCAGCUAAAGGUUUUCCUGGACCUGAAAAAGCACCAAAGGGAUGUUUCCCACAGACUGAAGGUGACGGAGGUGUGUACAUGAAUUACACAAACACCAACCCAGCCUACAGUAAUCUGGACCCCGCAAGUAUGACAGGGGACAACGCGUAUUCAAGUUUGUCAUGAAAACUCAUGGGAUGGUGCAAUAAAAAGAGGAAGAAUGACACAAAGGGUAUUUUUAUG